AUGGAGAGAUGAUGACCGGGGAUUCCUCCAAUAUGACCGCCAUCGGAGAAGAGCUGACAUCUGCCCUUUGGCUGAGCUGUGCCGACGGCAGCAUCACACACUCGGUGAGACGUGAGGGGGACACCACAUGGGGCGGAGAAGGUUUCCAACCGGUUAGACCUGAGGAUGACACCACGUGGGGUCGAGAAGGUCUCCAGAGGGUGAAAUGUGAGGAGGACACCACGUGGGGUGGAGAAGGUCUCCAGCCGGUGAGACGUGAGGAGGACACCACGUGGGGUGGAGAAGGUGUCCAACUGGUGAAAUGUGAGGAAGACACAACGUGGGGUGGAGAAGGUCUCCAGCCGGUGAGACGUGAGGAGGACACCACGUGGGGUGGAGAAGGUCUCCAGCCGGUGAAAUGUGAGGAAGACACAACGUGGGGUGGAGAAGCUCUGCAGCUGGUGGCUCCGCAGGAAGUCAAGAAGGUCUUCUAUUGUCCUGUGUGUGGUAAAGCAUUCGCUCAGAGACACAAUCUGGUGAAACAUCAGCGGAUCCACAGCGGCGAACGUCCGUACCGAUGUGACCAGUGUGGGAAACGCUUUAUCCAGAAGCAGCACCUCACCAAGCACCUGCGGCUCCACACGGGUGAGCGGCCCUACGUCUGCCAAGUCUGUGGCCGUAGCUUCAGCUUGAAGCACAACCUGACCACCCACCUGAGGAUCCACACCGGAGAGAAACCUUAUCCAUGUGCCGAGUGUGGCAAGAACUUCAGCCGCCGCCAGACGUUCGUCAAUCACUACCGGAUCCACACGGGGCAAAGGCCGUACGAGUGCCCCGAGUGUGGGCGGAGCUUCGUGCAGAAGCAGCACCUCACCAAACACCUGCGCGUGCACAGCGGCGAACGGCCCUACGUGUGCGGCCAGUGCGACCGCAGUUUCAGCAUGAAGCACAAUCUGUUCACGCACCUGAAGAUACACAGCGGGGAAAAACCUUUCGGCUGCUCGGAAUGCGGCAAGAAGUUCAGCCGCCGGAGCACCUACCUGGCUCACCAGACCACCCAUUACCUAGCAUCAGCGGGGCCGGGGCCCCUGGGGGGGACACAAAACGCGUCCAACCUAGAAGAGGCCACCGCAGCUCCUAAGAGACUCCACAUGAUACAACCGGCUGCUCCCUGGACGACCCUGAGAAGGCUGAAGGCCUACAAGUGCCACGUCUGCGCCAAGGUCUUCAAGCAGAAGCACCCCCUCAUCACCCACCUGCGGAUCCACUCCGGAGAGAGACCUUUCUCCUGCCAGGAGUGCGGCAAGAACUUCAUCCAGAAGCAGCACCUGACCAAGCACCUGCGGCUGCACAGGGGGGAGCGGCCCUUCGCCUGCCAGCACUGCGGCAAACAGUUCAACAUCAAACACAACCUGGUGACCCACCAGAGGACCCACACCGGGGAACGGCCAUUUUCCUGCCCGGACUGCGACAAGAGCUUCAACCGGCAGGGAAUCCUCAACGUGCAUCGCAGAACGCAACACGCCCAUCUAUUUCCCGACGGCGACCCCGUGUGCGGAAGCGCGCCGGCCCAGACGUCACCGUCGGCCGAGAGUCUGGACCUUCAAGGGGCCACGGUGAAGCCCCACGCAACUCUACCUACUAGCCCGUCGCAUGACAUCGACUUGACCGCUCAGCCGAGUCCGGACCGGCACAAAGAUCCCCACGACGGCACCUCCCACUUCUCCUGCCCGCGCUGUGGUCAGAUAUUUGGCCAGAGAGAGGACCUUCUACAGCACGAACAUCUCCACAAGGGGGAGAGACUUUACUUCUGCAGCCAGUGUGGGAAAAGGUUCCUGCAGAGGAAGAACCUGACCAAGCACCAGAGGCUGCACAUGGGCUACAAACCCUUCACGUGUAACAUGUGUCAUAGAAGCUUCAGCCUGAAACACAACCUCAUCACCCACCAGAGGACCCACACCGGGGAAAAGCCGUUCCCGUGCGCCCAGUGCGGCCGAAGCUUUAGCCGUAGAGAGACGCUCAAUAACCAUCGGAGGAGCCACCACGUCCACCAGAAGAAAGGCGGCACCGGAAGCGCCGGCCGGGCACAUCUAAGCAAUGAGGAUGCCGCAUCAGAUGAACAACAGGAUGUCACCAGCCACCAGACCCAUCACAAUGGUGACACCGUACCAGAGGAGCAGCAAGAACUUGGUCACCAGACUCGACCGACCAACGGUGAUGUGGAGGGGCAGCCUGUGACCUCCCAGAACAAUAUCCGGAUCUUUAUAUGCCCUAUGUGCGGGAAAUCCUUCAACCAGAAGCACACCAUGAUCAACCACCUGCGGAUCCAUUCCGGGGAACGGCCUUACUCCUGCCAUCUGUGCCGGAAAAGCUUCAUCCAGAAACAGCACCUGACCAAACACGUCCGCCUCCACACCGGCGAGAGACCGUACGUCUGCCACGAGUGUGGCCGGAGCUUUAGUCUGAAGCACAAUCUGACCACCCACCAGAGGAUCCACACCGGGGAACGGCCCUACCCCUGCAACCACUGUGGGAAAAGGUUCAACCGGCGCAGCAUUCUUCUGAGCCACGAGAGGACUCAUCAGCUGGUCCCACCGCCGCCGCCGGCCGGAACCGGCGAGAUCCAAAUUAGAGCGGAGUGUCCGCCCAACGCUGUGAUCCAGACGAUGUUUCUGAAGGAGGAAGACGUCAACACUUUGCCAAAAUGCCUCUGA